GAAGUUGCCCAGACCGAUGACUAUACCCUGUUGCAAGACUUUGAGUGGUACUUUAGUAUACUACUGGACAUCAGUCUCGUGAAUCUCACCGCCUAUCAACAUGGUGCUCUUGUGCAGCGAGAGUUGGUAACGGUACUGACGCGUGUGAAUGCGGUGCGGCAGUUUGGUGUUCAAGCAGUAAGUGAACUGCUGUGUAAUUCAACGCUGCUCAACUGUGACGCUACACGCUCAACUCAGUGGCAGAUAAUUAAAGCGGCGGCUUUUCUCUGCGGUGAGUAUCCCUACUGGCUGCUGGAUAAACGUCUCACAUGCGAACGACUUUUGAGUGAUCGCAUUGCCGCGAUGCACCCCGAGGCGCAGGUGGCGUGUGUUGCUGCAGUGGGGAAAAUAGCAGCGUUUGUGCAUCAGCCUUGUCCACGACAUGUAACUUUGUCACAUGGUGAGGAGGAGUUAAAACUACCAGACGAUCCAGUGACAGAUGCCGAAUUACGGGCGGUCAUUCUCCCGCAACAGGAUUCUGAAAAGGAAAAGGACGUCGGAGAUAAUGACAAGGGGAAGGAGAAGUACUCUGGCCUAGAGCUCUUUCGUCACAGCAUUUACCCAGACGUGCAGGAACGGGCCCAUUUGGUCUUUUACCAUGUCGACACGAACCCAGAUAUUGGCCCAACCUUCUACGUGGAGGAGUUGUUGUCUGUCGCCGUGGGAGCGCAGGAUGCGGUGAAACCGCCGGAUGAUCUUGAUCUCGGCGAAACAUUCUGCACGCACCUCCCCCCGUUACUGCAGCCAUCCGAUAGCGACGAUGAUGAGAACAUGGACGGUGACGAAGACGAGUUUGACUUUUUGGGUGGCGACGCGGUGGAACUUCAGCGACGGAAGGAAGAGGAGCGGCGUGGAGAGGUGGCAGCAUUUUACAUCAAAGACACGACGCUCACGCGAGAGGAGUUGCCCGUUGAUGUCCGACUGGAGAAGGUUACAGCGGCCUCCCUGCACCUUCAUGGCGCCGGUCUCCAUGUGCCACGCAAGACACAUUCCAUUAACCGUGAACUUUUACGGCCGUCUAAUUAUGUCGCGGCGAACCCCGCACGACGACGCAAUGAAGAAGUGGAGGAAGAUGAGGCUACGAAAAAGUUCCGCAAUGUUGACGUCACGCGGGCCCUUACAGCGGAUGAAAAGCUCCCAGAGCCAAUCCCAUACACACAAUCAUUGCAGCUCCGUGCUUCUGUGGGAAGUGGAAAGGAGGAAGCACGGGCAGCGGAAGCAGCAGCAGAAGCGGCCGUGUUUGACCCCGUUGUGCUACUAGAAGAACGGCACCUUCGUGUUACGGCGAAUGUGGUAUCAUGCCAUGUGCAUAAGGAGUGCACAUUGCUAACUCUCGAAGUGGAAGUGUCAAAUCUGGCAAGUAGCAGCAGCGCAUAUGACGUCCAGCUUUGCAUUAAAUACGAUGAAGACAAUUUUACAGAGCAAAGUGUACAGUUGGAGUCACUUGACUUCAGUGACACAAACAACAGCAAUUCAAACAAUGUUCAUAAGAAUGAUGAUAAAAAAAAAAAGAGGGAAAAUAUAGAUGAUUCAAAUCAACAGCAGCAGCAGAAAAAAGAGGGGGAGGAGAAGGAAGAAGAAGAAAAGGGGAAUGGUGGGAGCGGCGUCACAGGUGUGUGUCUCGCUGAACGUAUCAAGGGCUCAAAGUCUGUGUGCAGGAAAAUCGGUAUUCGAUUUAUUUCGCAGCUUCCAUCCUCGCUUGUCAAGCCCCUCACGUUUAUUCUUGCGUACACGCGAGGCAAGAAACCGGCAGCCACAACGUUACAGUUGCCUCUCUUUUAUCCUUAUUUCUCGAAGAUACCGAAGGACGUUCCGCCUGCAGAAUUCAGUCAGACCAUCCUUGGGAAGUUUCUGUUGGCGGCACCAAUGGUAUCUGGAUUUGUUGACGUCAAUUUGACGCAUGUGCCACUUGCAAUGCCGCUGAUACAACAGAAACUACGGCUGAAACCGGUUGAAAUAUUUAAGGAUGUCGCAUCAUUUUACGGUGUGUUGCAUGCGCGGAAGUCGACGGCAGAGAAGGCACACGUUGCUGUACUUCUGCGCAAGGACACGGUGGAGGGGGACAAGAAGGGUAUAACUAUCAUGGUGAAGGCCCAUCAGAGCUGUUUGGCGGAAUCGCUGGUACAAGAAAUCGCCUCACUCAUGAUACAGGAGGCUUUUUGA